AAGCAGAGAGGAGGAGGAACGGCCGGGGCUGGCUGCGGAAGGGGAGGGGGAGGAGGCGAUUGGAUGCAGCGGCGGCGGCGGCGGCUCCCGGAGAGCAGCGGAGUGCGCGGAGCAGCGAGGCGGGCGCCCGGAGGGGUAAAGGUAUUUCCAUCAUGGCACAUUCCAAGACAAGGACCAAUGAUGGGAAAAUUACUUAUCCACCUGGUGUCAAGGAGAUCUCAGAUAAAAUAUCUAAAGAGGAGAUGGUGAGAAGGUUAAAGAUGGUUGUGAAAACUUUUAUGGAUAUGGACCAGGACUCAGAGGAAGAAAAGGAACUUUAUUUGAAUCUAGCUUUACAUCUUGCUUCAGAUUUUUUCCUCAAACACCCUGAUAAAGAUGUUCGCUUACUGGUAGCUUGCUGCCUUGCUGAUAUUUUCAGAAUUUAUGCUCCUGAGGCUCCUUACACUUCUCCUGAUAAACUAAAGGAUAUAUUUAUGUUUAUUACAAGGCAGCUGAAGGGGCUGGAGGAUACAAAGAGCCCACAAUUCAAUAGGUAUUUUUAUUUACUUGAGAACAUUGCUUGGGUCAAGUCAUAUAACAUAUGCUUCGAGUUAGAAGACAGCAAUGAAAUAUUUACUCAAUUAUACCGAACGUUAUUUUCAGUUAUAAACAAUGGUCAUAACCAGAAAGUUCAUAUGCACAUGGUAGACCUCAUGAGUUCUAUCAUCUGCGAAGGCGAUACAGUGUCUCAGGAGCUUUUGGAUACAGUGUUGGUAAAUCUGGUGCCUGCCCAUAAGAAUUUAAAUAAGCAAGCAUAUGAUUUGGCAAAGGCUCUACUGAAGAGGACAGCUCAAGCUAUUGAACCAUAUAUUACCAACUUUUUUAAUCAGGUGCUGAUGCUUGGGAAAACAUCAAUCAGUGAUUUGUCAGAACAUGUUUUUGAUUUAAUUUUGGAGCUUUAUAAUAUUGAUAGUCACCUGCUGCUCUCUGUUUUACCCCAGCUUGAAUUUAAGCUUAAGAGCAACGAUAAUGAGGAACGCCUGCAAGUUGUUAAGCUACUGGCUAAAAUGUUUGGGGCAAAGGAUUCAGAAUUGGCUUCUCAAAACAAACCACUUUGGCAGUGCUACUUGGGCAGAUUUAAUGACAUCCAUGUACCAAUCCGCCUGGAAUGUGUGAAAUUUGCUAGUCAUUCUCUCAUGAACCAUCCUGAUUUAGCGAAGGACUUAACAGAGUAUCUUAAAGUGAGGUCACAUGACCCUGAAGAAGCUAUUAGACAUGAUGUUAUUGUGUCUAUAGUUACAGCUGCUAAGAAAGAUAUUCUUUUGGUCAACGAUCAUUUACUUAAUUUUGUCAGAGAAAGAACAUUAGACAAGCGGUGGAGAGUACGCAAAGAAGCCAUGAUGGGACUUGCCCAGAUUUAUAAGAAAUAUUCUUUACAGUCAGCAGCUGGAAAAGAUGCUGCAAAACAGAUUUCAUGGAUCAAAGACAAACUGCUACAUAUAUAUUAUCAAAAUAGCAUCGAUGACCGAUUACUCGUGGAACGAAUCUUUGCACAAUACAUGGUCCCUCACAAUCUGGAAACUACAGAAAGAAUGAAAUGUUUAUAUUACUUGUAUGCCACAUUGGAUCUAAAUGCUGUGAAAGCAUUGAAUGAAAUGUGGAAAUGUCAAAAUCUGCUUCGACAUCAAGUGAAGGAUUUGCUCGAUUUAAUUAAACAGGCCAAAAUACAACUAACUGUUUCGUCAUAUUUUAGUGCUCUCAUUAAGCAAGUGAACAAAUCAAUAGAUGGCACAGCAGAUGACGAAGAUGAGGGUGUUCCAACUGAUCAGGCCAUCAGGGCAGGUCUUGAACUGCUUAAGGUACUCUCAUUCACACAUCCCAUCUCAUUUCAUUCUGCUGAAACAUUUGAAUCUCUCCUGGCUUGUCUGAAAAUGGAUGAUGAAAAAGUAGCAGAAGCUGCACUGCAGAUUUUCAAAAACACUGGAAGCAAAAUUGAAGAGGAUUUCCCACACAUCAGAUCAGCCUUACUUCCUGUGUUGCAUCACAAAUCUAAAAAAGGACCUCCUCGCCAAGCCAAAUAUGCCAUUCAUUGUAUCCACGCAAUAUUUUCUAGUAAAGAAACCCAGUUUGCACAGAUAUUUGAGCCUCUGCAUAAGAGCCUAGAUCCAAGCAACCUGGAGCAUCUCAUUACUCCCCUGGUCACUAUCGGUCAUAUUGCUCUGCUUGCCCCUGAUCAGUUCGCUGCUCCUUUGAAGUCUUUGGUUGCCACUUUCAUUGUAAAAGAUCUUCUCAUGAAUGAUCGGCUACCAGGGAAAAAAACAACUAAACUUUGGGUUCCAGAUGAAGAAGUUUCACCAGAGACAAUGGUCAAAAUUCAAGCUAUUAAAAUGAUGGUUCGUUGGCUUCUUGGAAUGAAAAAUAAUCACAGUAAAUCAGGAACUUCUACCUUAAGGUUGCUAACAACAAUACUGCAUAGUGAUGGAGACUUAACAGAACAGGGGAAAAUUAGUAAACCAGAUAUGUCACGUCUGAGACUCGCUGCUGGGAGUGCUAUUGUGAAGUUAGCGCAAGAACCAUGCUAUCAUGAGAUCAUCACAUUAGAACAGUAUCAGCUGUGUGCGUUAGCUAUCAAUGAUGAAUGUUAUCAAGUAAGACAAGUGUUUGCCCAGAAACUUCACAAAGGCCUUUCCCGGUUACGGCUCCCGCUGGAGUAUAUGGCAAUCUGUGCGCUUUGUGCAAAAGAUCCAGUCAAAGAACGAAGAGCUCAUGCAAGGCAGUGUCUUGUAAAAAAUAUAAAUGUGAGGCGUGAAUAUCUGAAGCAACAUGCAGCUGUCAGUGAAAAAUUACUGUCUCUUCUACCAGAGUAUGUUGUUCCAUACACAAUUCACCUUUUGGCACAUGACCCAGAUUAUGUCAAAGUACAGGAUAUUGAACAACUUAAAGAUGUUAAAGAGUGCCUUUGGUUUGUACUGGAAAUAUUAAUGGCUAAAAAUGAAAAUAACAGUCAUGCAUUUAUCAGAAAGAUGGUAGAAAAUAUUAAGCAAACAAAAGAUGCCCAAGGACCAGAUGAUGCAAAAAUGAAUGAAAAACUAUACACUGUGUGUGAUGUUGCCAUGAAUAUCAUCAUGUCAAAGAGUACCACAUAUAGUUUGGAAUCUCCUAAAGACCCAGUACUGCCAGCUCGUUUUUUCACACAACCCGACAAGAACUUCAGUAAUACCAAAAAUUACCUGCCUCCAGAAAUGAAAUCGUUUUUCACCCCUGGAAAACCCAAAACAACCAAUGUUCUUGGAGCUGUAAAUAAGCCACUUUCAUCAGCAGGCAAACAGUCUCAAACAAAAUCGUCACGAAUGGAAACUGUAAGCAAUGCAAGCAGCAGCUCAAAUCCGAGCUCUCCUGGAAGAAUGAAAGGGAGGCUUGAUAGUUCUGAAAUGGAUCACAGCGAAAAUGAAGAUUAUACCAUGUCUUCACCUUUGCCUGGGAAAAAAAAUGACAAGAGAGAUGAGUCUGACCUUGUAAGGUCUGAAUUAGAUAAGCCCAGAAGCCGGAAAAAAACAAGUGUCACUGAUUCAGAAGAGAAAUUAGGUAUGGAUGACUUGACUAAGUUGGUACAAGACCAGAAACUUAAAGGCAGCCAACGUGGACGGAAGAGAGGCCAUACGGCUUCAGAAUCAGAUGAACAACAGUGGCCUGAGGAAAAAAGGCUCAAAGAAGAUAUACUAGAAAACGAGGAUGAACAGAAUAGUCCUCCCAAAAAGGGUAAAAGAGGCCGACCACCAAAACCUGUAGGUGGAAGCAUACCUAAGGAAGAGCCGACAAUAAAAUCAUCUAAAAAAGGAAGCAAAAAAAAAUCUGGACCCUCAACUGCAGAGGAAGAGGAAGAGGAAGAAAGACAAAGUGGAAACAUGGAACAGAAGUCAAAAAGCAAACAACACCGGACAUCAAGGCGAUCCCAGCAGAGAGCAGAAUCUCCUGAAACUAGUGCAGUUGAAUCCAUACAGUCCACACCACAGAAAGGACGAGGAAGACCAUCAAAAACGCCAUCACCAUCACAUCCAAAAAAAAAUGUUCGUGUAGGACGCUCCAAACAAGCAGCUACUAAAGAAAAUGAUUCAAGUGAAGAGGUAGAUGUGUUUCAGGGUAGCUCCCCUGUCAAUGAUGAUAUCCCACAGGAAGAAACAGAAGAAGAGGAAGUUUCUACAGUAAAUGCGCGACGGAGAAGUUCUAAAAGAGAGAGGCGAUGAAGCAAUGUAAUCAGUAACUGUAUGUGAAAGCUUUGGGAAAAUCUUUUUUGUUGUUGUUUUUUUGUUUUUUCUUUCUUGUCAAGUGGACUGAAUAAAGCCUUUGAUGCACAAAAUGGGACUGCUGAAAGUGGACAGUUGGACCUUACUUUGGCGACCUCAACUAUUUGUGGUCGUGUGCUUUGGCCAUACACAUGGUGAUAAAUGUUGACUGUAGAGUCUGGUGAAAGUGUAAUGUGUGAUGGCUGUAUAUGCAUAAACUAAAGAAGAAACUUGUAAAUAUAUUUUUUUCUUUAAUGUUUCUGACUUCUGAAGUGCUUGUAUAGCUUUUAUCUGCGGCUUUAAACUGGCGGUACCCAACUGUUUAUUGGAUCUAUUGAUUUAAGAAGUUUGUUAGGAUAGAUCUUAAGCAGUGACCUGUCAGUGUUUGUAUUUGUAUUCUCUGCAACUUUACUGUGAAAAAAUGGUUUUUCAACAAAUGGUGUCAUCUUACUGAUGUUACUGUUUGUUGGAGAGUUAAAUGGUCUCCUUCCCAUGUGUAUCUUACCUGAUGUUUACUCCUGGGCACCCUUAAUCUUCAGAGGUGCUAAAUUGUCUGCCACCACACCUGAACAAUACUUAGGAUGGGAGGACUCUUUGCAAAUUGUGAAAUAGUCCUGAAGUUGUUCUGGUUAUUUUACACCUCAGUAUUGGUCCCAGAAUUGUCUGGCCUUUCAUGGCAAUGAAAGUUUUAAGAGAGAGAUUUAAAAUAUUUUAAUUUUAAAGAGUGUGUUAUAAAAUAAUGUACUGAAUUCUUUACCCCAUUUUAUCACCCCUUUUCAGUUUUUAUUAAUCUACUGUAUCAAUAAAAUUCUGUAAUUUUAAUUAGAUUUUAAUAGUCUAGAAUGUUAUUGUGUAGAUAUUUCCUCUUGAACAUUAUGUUCAGAAAUGCAAAUUAUCACACUAUUAUAUAAAAUCUGAUACAUACACACGUUAGAAAAGUUGCCAUUCUCCAUAACAGUGUAAAGUUAAUCAGAAAGAAAAAAAUUUUAUUGAUGCAGUGUGUCUUUAUAAAGCUGUUCUUGAAAACAAGUGUUUUGUAUUUUAUAGUGAGUUGCAUGUUUAUGAAAAAAGUGCUGAAAAUGGGAUGUGCUCUUUUCUGUAAAUUCAUAUUUAGCCAUAGUAUAUGAUAUAUUGCCCCCAUAACAUAGUUUUUCAUCAAGAGUUUAUUAUUAUACUUUAUUUUGGAGCCAAAAAAUUUGUUGGGGGGGGAGGUGGCAAGGUAGGAAUGAUAUACAACCAUAUGAGCUAUUGUAGGCAUCACAUCUUAUGGACUUUGAACGGAGUGCCACUUUGUUGAGAGAAGUGGAAAUUUAUUUGAAUUCAGACCAGAUUUUUUUUCCUUCACUAUAAUCUGCAAAAUAAAGAAAUUAAUUACUUAAGUCAGUAUCCUUUAUACAGUUUUAUAAACUGUAUUUUGAACCAAAAUGUAGGUCACUUACUUAACUUCACUUUAGUAUUUCAGUUGCUGUUAGUGUGUGUGUGUGUGUCUAUGAUUUUAACAUCACAAAAGAAAAUCAUAUUCUAACUUAUUAAAUUUAUCACGUUGAAUAAUGGAGCAUUUUCAUGUAAUACACCAUUAUGUUUAAGGUGUGUUUCCAAGAUUGGUUAUAAUAGAUGGGGGAGGAGGGCAUAAUAAAGAAGCUACUAUUUUGGAAAAUGACAUUUUUCUAUUUCCCAUUGUAUAUCACAAUCAGUGUGAUUAUUUUUCUCUUAAAAACGUCUUCAUGUUUACAAAACAGCCUUUUACUGUUUCAAAAAAAUGUUUUUAAUUGUCUUAAUCUGUUUAUUUUUCAUUUACAACACCAGUGAUAUGGGAGGCUGCUACAUACCAAGGCAGGUAAUGUUGGACCAAGGUACAUUGGCUUUUAAACUUUUAUUUAGCUCAGUUCUCCCAAACUAUGUCAGCAGUAAAAAUAAAUAAAUAAAUAAAUAAAUAAAUAAAUAAUAAAUCAAGCAUGUUUUAAAAUCUAUAUAAUAAAGAAUAAGGGAUAACAUUGUAUUUUUGUUGUUGACUAAACUGCACCAGAAAUGUUUAUGAAAGUAUAUCUUUAAGACCAUUUUAUACAACAACAAAAAUGAUUGUGGAGGAUUUUUAUUUGCAUGGUGUUAGUUAACUACAUUAAAACUGCACAUAAUGAUGUACAUCAUUGCACAUAAAUGUUCAUUAUAGAUUCUGUUCAGUACCCGUGAGUCUGUGAUUUUACAAUUGUCUGUUCACCUUUUGGAAAAAUUAUGAUGUAAAUUUUUCAUUUUUCUGUAGAAAAAUAGGUGCAAUAAUGAUAAAAGAUUUGAUGGCCUGAGUCUACAUCUUAGGGAAUUAUCUUAUUAUGUUCAAACAUUUCAUAGACUAACAUUUGGAGAGCCACAUACUCUACAGCAAAAUUACGUAUGUAUAAAAGAUUAAUUGCUGACCGUGGUUAGCAUACUCUUUGGUGAUAUUGUUCACUUUGACAAUAUGUACUGUAUAAAAAUUAAAUAUUUAACACUGUAUUAAGUUCCAUUAUGAAAAAUCUUAGGAUUCUCCAGUAUCUUGCUGCACUGUGUAGCAAAUCUGCUUAAUCUAUAUUAUAAUAAAAUUUCUUGCUGCGGUGCAACAGGAAGCUUUUUCAGUGAUCUCCACUGUAUAUGUAAAUCACAAAUGUGGCUGUAAAACUUGUUCCAGGCAUUAAAGGUUAAAUUACUUUCUGUAUCUUA